CUUCCAAGAUUUUGUCGUGGCAAGUUAGUUUUUUUGCUAUGUCGAUUUGUAUCGUUGAUGAUCUCAGCAGCCUAUUGCUGUAGGCAUGCUUAAAUACCUGGGCACCCAUGACCCAGCCCCCUUUCCUCGGGCACACGAUGCACCACCUCCUUAAACGCCUCUCUCAUGACAUCAAAUCUCGCCUCCAAAUUCCGAUCUUCCUCUUCCUCCGCAACAGGCCACCCAAGCCUCUGCAUCUUCCACCUCGCCCCCAGCAUCUCAGGACAACACAUCGCCUCUCUCGCAUGUAACAAAACAGCGUCCCGCCAACACAAGUACUCGUCCAUCUCCUCGUACCCCGGCUCCACGAAAACAGCAUACCCCCACCUCCUACCCGGCACAUCUUUAAUCUCGUCCCAGAGCCGGCGGACCCACGGUCUCGCCUUCGCGAGCGCAGCCCGAUCAGCAGAAGAGGAGAAGGAGUCCUCGAGUCCCAUCGCUAGCGCGACAACCCGCUUCCACGCCUGCUCCUCGGCGUUCGCAAUCGCGCGAGCCUCAUUUUCUUCGUACAGCAGCUCGCGCACCUUUCUUAGCCGCGACGUGGUCUCGGCGAAGUGUUCCUGGGAGACGGCGCUGGCGCGUCACUCGGCUGGCAUGAGAUCGAGCCAGUACCGAUUUUUCAGCAAGUCGACUUCGGCCUGCGAGAGCUGCUCUGGCGAUUCGGCCGCCCGCAGCAGCAACGCCGGCUUUGAUAGCGGGGUAGUGGCUGCGAUGUUCGCUAUCUGAUCUGCGUUUCAGGGUCCGGGAAGUCGAGAAUGCGUCUCCUGUUCUCGUCUGUGAUUGAUGAUGGAUCGGACUGGGCUUGUCCUUCUAUGUCGGGGAAACGUUGGAUAAGUUCGUCUGCGUUUUCUAUUUGCCGGCGCACGCGGAUGAAUGAUUUGAUGAGGUGGUCCAUGGUGAUCGUCCAAGGAAAUGAGGUACAGGAUUAUGUUAGAUGGUGGUUGUAAAUUCUGCAAUAGAGCACGGCACGGCAUAAUGUGGGGACGUAAGUAAGGGGUGACUGGAGCUUUUACGCCGCUAAGGGAAGAAUUUCCUAAC